CAGUGGGCUGCCCCUGUGGCGCAAGGACACCACCGCCACCACCACCACCACCGCCGCUGUUGGAAUUACAAAGGACUGCCUCCACGCUCGUCGUCCACCUAAAGCCCCGGCUGUGGCCCCUGCUUACUGCUCCGCCUCACCAUCUCCGUGCGAGAACACGGGCACAAAUUGAAUCACACAACCCGACCUCGCAAAUCCGUUUGUAGUUUUUGCAAUGUGGGGCGUGCGUGCCACACACACACGCGCGCACGCGCCACUAAUCCCUGGAUCCUCUGAGUAGGACCAUGGAUUCUGGGACGGUGUUGCCAGGGGGAGAGUGGCGCCCGGGACCUGUUGGAAAUGACGGCUGACGGAGGAGGACUGAAGCGCGGGGAGCACGACAACAGUGAACGUAGAAGAUAGCGGAGGAGAAGCUCCUCGCGACGCUGUCGAACGGGUGUUUUGUGGAGAUGGAGUCGCUGAUGAGUGCGGUGGCGCCGCGCUCCCCAGCCCCCGCCAAGAAGCUGUCAGAGGUGGACUUCCGGUCGGGGGCCACCCUGGAGCAGCUGUCGGCACAGGUGUCCGAGCUGGUGGUGGUGGAGCAGGGGGAGUUUGGAGAUCAGACCGCCUUAGAGGUCCACACGGCUAAGGACUUUAUCUUCAACAUGCUAGGUUUAGUGCAGAAAGUGGACCAGCGCCUCCCGGUCGCCAAUGAGUACCUGCUGCUGUCGGGCGGGGCCCGGGAGGGGGUCCUGGACCUCAACCCCGAGGACCUGGGGGACUAUGCCAAAGGGGCAGACUUUGACCUGGACUUCACCCUGCUGGUGCCCGCCCUCAAGCUCCAUGACCGCAACCAGCCGGUCACCCUGGACAUGAGACACUCCCCACCCUGCCACUCAUGGCUCAGCCUCCGCCUCUGCGACUCCAACAUCCUGUCCCGCUGGAGCGUCUGCUGCGAGGAAGAGAAUGGACUUCCCACUGAGGAGGAUGAGGACGAGGAAGAGGGGGAAAUGGAUAAAGGCUCCAUCCCCUCCCUGGGCUCUCCUCAGUCUCUGGAUGGAUGCUACUUCUCUCCCACCCUGGUGACAGACUGGUUCUGGGCGGUGGUGAGCGAGGCCGUAGAGGAGCUGAGACGCAGCCCCCAGAGAGGCAUCCCCACUCCGGACAGACUGGAGAGGAACGGAGCCCUCACCACCAUCAUCCUCCAGGCGGGCUCCAGCCGGGUGCUGUACGACCUGCUGCCUGUGGUGUCGUUCCGGGGCUGGCCUGCCGUGGCCCAAGGCUGGCUGACCGCCAACCACUUCUGGGACGGUAAAAUCACUGAGGAGGAGGCCAUAUCUGGCUUCUAUCUGCUGCCCUGCUGCUCCCCGCUGGGCGGCCGGCCCGACAGGGAGUGGAGGCUGGCGUUUUCACGCAGUGAGGUUCAGUUGAAGAAGUGCAUCCCCUUCCCCAUGGCCCAGGCUUUCCAAGCGGCCAAGGCCGUACUGUCUCGUAUCCUGGCCCGCCCUCGCACGGGCCUCAGCCUCUACCACCUGCGAACCCUCCUCUUCUGGGCCUGCGACCGACUUCCCGGAGCCUACCUGUCCUGCCACGACGCCGACACCGCCGGUCGCCUCCUCCUCGGCCUCCUGGACGACCUGGCUCAUUGCAUCCUGGGUAAGAACUGCCCAAACUACUUCCUGCCCCAGUGCAACAUGUUGGAGCACCUGACAGACGGCCAGGCGCUGCUGCUCGCCAGGAAACUGGCCCACGUGCGCUCAGAUCCCAGCGAGCACCUGCGGGCGGCCCUGGACCAAGCCCAGCAGGCGGGCCAGCUGAAGAAGGAGCUCACUGCUAGCACCAACGGCCACAGCUCCCCCGGGCACCACCCGGCCAACGGUAUCAUUUCGCCUUCGGAGGACAGGCUGGCCCAGCGACUGCAGCAGCUGGUCACGGAGAACCCUGGGAAAUCGAUAUCUGUCUUCCUGAACCCUGACGAUGUCACCCGGCCGCACUUUCGCAUCGACGACAAGUUCUACUGAGGUGAACCAUGCUGCCGCAGAGAAGACGAGUUGAAUUGCGUGUGUUUGGCUUAUAAAACGCACUCUUGAGACGUCACUUCACUGGGGAGACUGAAAACCAGGCCAGGUUCUUUUCUUGAAAACACAACUGGCCUGAACCUGAGAACACUCCUCCUUGCCACCCUGAGGCUGAACGAAGUCUUGCUGCUCGACUCGACUCUUUAAACCAAAAAACAACAACAACAACUUGAGUCCCGCUACUGACGAACACUGUCCAGUUCAGCGGACAUCGCACAACAGACAUGAUGUCGCUGAGCUGUUGCCACGGAGACGUCCCUCUCCUUACGAGCUGGCCUUAACAUGACUCAUCAGCUGGUGCUACAAAGACGAGGACCGGCUCGAGUCAUGUGAAAUGAAUCCAGCGUAGAUCAACGCAAAAGAACGCGUGUGCGUGUUUGUGUACAUUUCACUCAUUUCUUACAUGUCGAAAGAUUGCUGCAUUUCUGCCCUUUUUAAUUUUAGAUCAGAUUGGGCUGAUGGGAAACCAAGGUGUGGUUGAUGUAACUGAAUGUAAUGUUGUGAGGAGUCUUUGAAAAAGAGUCUCUUCACUCUUUCAACUCAACUUUUGCUCUUACUUUGACCCCACGACUCAAAUAAUGAGAUGCUUUUCUUUCUUUUUUUAGUCUUUCUCAGGUAUUCAUAACACUUAUCAUUUUUUGAUGUAAAUGAUUCACUUUAAGUUUUUUUUCCUAUAAUUCAAUGCCGCUUACAUUUCACCGGGUGAUUGAAUGUACCAAAGAGCUGCGUUUGAGCAGUUUUGCAAAUUAGACAACAUGCGUCUCACAUGAUCCUGAACUUAUUUUGAUGAAUCGACUGGAUCAUGGUUCGAAUGUUAAUUAGCCUUUUCUCCUUCGAGAGGUCCGGUCACACCGACUCAGCUCGGUUCAGAUCUGGUGAACUUGACCAAUAGGCUGUUGGCCAGUCUGAGACGCCCCCAACAAAGCCAGGUACGAGAGCGGCUGAACAUUAGAGCAUUUAAACCCAAAUUAAGAUUAUGAACCUGCUAUGUCUCCUUUGAGCUCCUCUGUCCGAGGUAAAAAACAAAAGACGGUUUGCAGUUGCGAGACAGAAGUCGAUGGUACAAACGUUUUGCAUGUGGCAAGCUUGAUGUUUUUCUCCUCUUCAAUAUUGAUAUGAUGUAAAACUAUGAGAACAAAUACUGGGCAAGUGAAACGGACCCAGUGCCAACUCUCUUAAUAUCAUCAGCCUCGGGCAUAAUCACGACGCAACCAAGCUUCAUGCACACACAUAAUUUCGCUUUGCCACUUUGGGGUGUGGAAAGGGCAAAUAAAUUCAACUGGGUGAUUUACAGAUAACAGAAUCAUGUGAUGCUGCUGUACGAAGAUGUUACAGCAUUUGAGAAAUUUAAAACAAUAUUUGAAACUUCUGUUUUCCUACCUGAGCAGACAUUUUGUGCGACGGUACUGUCGUCCCUUUAUAAGGGGUUUGGAACAUUUCAAAUGGAGCCAUGAGGAAUCAAAUUAGCAGUGUAACAAAAAGUAUACAUUUAACAAAAAGAUGGGUACAAAAUAGCUGUCGAGCCGCGACUUUACGGUCUGUUUGUUAUUUAUCCACCAUAGUCACGACCGAGUCACGGUACUUUACCUUUUGAAACAUCCCACAAAAUGUCCACUUCGUCAAACAUCUCGUUGCACGUCGCGUGAGCGUGUCCCAUUAGCUGUCCUGUUGAACAAAGUGACACUUCAGUGUGUCUGCUUCUUCACUGAUAAUUGUCCCACGUCUCCCCUGCCUGGUUGGGCUUUUUUUCAAUGAGUUCUGCUAGUACGCGUGCCUGUGGAUAUAUGCGCCUGCGCUGGUGUGUACUCGCUGAGAGAGACGAACCACGCGGCAGGACGCAGACAAAACGCCCAGAUGUCGCCCAUUGAAUUAUCCCCUCAGUGGGUGUGUGUUAGUCACUGGGCCCUAUCGUUCCUCGGCAGACGGAGGCCAUCCACAUGGGGAUGGAGGGAUGGGUGGAGGAGGGAUGGAUAAAGGGAGCAGUUCUUUUUGAAGACAUUUGAAGUGGCAGAAAGGGCCUUGCGGGGCCUGGACAGCCACCUCUCAUUGGGACUGCUGCUGUCUCUUUCUCAUUUUUUUUGUGUAUCUCACAGUUCUUUUAUUCCCUUUUUUUCCUCCUCUCAUCCCAUCCACAUUUCCCCACAGAGGGUUGGGCUGUUUUUUUUCUUCUUCGCGUCUUUCAGCACUGAAGUUCCAGAGCCACAGACGAAGCCUUACGUUUACACUGUCUGCAGCCACACUGCUGCAACGCCACUACAGCCGGUGAAUGUUGUCGCGGCAGCAAUGCGUGUAACAAGACAAGUCGUAACUUUUCUCCCUGCCACUUACAUUGCGUCUACGUUGCUUUUACCUUCGCGAAAUUUGAGACGUACAGUUGUCUAAACACUUCACCGCGCACUGCGAUGCUGCUUCCGAUGUUGGUGCGAGGGCAGGGCACAGGAACUCUACAAGCACACGAUCCCUUACAGUUACGUUUACAUAAAUAUCAAAGUGAUAUGGAUUCGUUCCGCUGAUUUCUCCUUGUUUUGUUUUUUUUAAGCUACUGGUGGAAAGUUUUUCCCUCGAAUAUUUAGUAGUCUAUCACUGUCAGCGCUCAGAGUCUACAAAUGUCACGCUCUUACUACUGAAUAGAUUUUUUUAAGAGUGUCUGUCUGUACUGCUCAUGAGUGUGUUUCGCGCGCGCACGUGUGUGUGUGCAUGUGUGUACGAAUGGAAUCUAAAGAAAAACCAAAGUGUGACGUCGAGGGUGUGCAUUCAGCUGCCUGUUGUCAGAGGAUUGCGCGUGUGUGUUUGUGUGUGUGCUGUCAGCACUUUGUACGAGACGGGGCCCGAUUGUUGUUUUUAAAAAGAAAUCAUAGGUGUUUUUUAUUAAUUGGAGAGUCCAGUCGAUGUGAAGGUACUUUUGGUGUUUUGACUGAGAAUGUUUUCGGGUGUGUGUGUGUGUAUCUCACUUUGUACCUUAAAGGGGCCCAGUCUGAGAUUAUUAGACACCGGAAAACAAUCAAUGUUCUUCUUCUUGAACUGUGCACAUGAUGAGAUACUUUGCGGCGAGUAUCCAAAUACUGCAUUUUACAGCGACGUCAGUUUAGAGAUAUGCAAUCCGAGCCCCUGCUGAAAAGACCCGUCAUUUAUACUUCAGUGUAUAUGGUUAAAGUGAGGAGGGGGUUGGGGGUUGGUCACUAUCUUUCGUCCCGGACUAUGAAACACAGGCGACACACACCCGUCUUCACUCUGUGCUACUCUGUUUAUAUUCAUUACUGCCUCUUUUGUGCUGAAACUUCUGAUGAGUCUAUCCAAGAUUGGCCCACAUUGCUGUGGAUAAACAACUCGACUGAACCCAGUGAAUGUAUCCACUUACUGUGAGUCUGUUCCCCACGACUGGAGAAAACGAGUCGACUUUUCAUCCUUCAUCUCAGCAGAUCUGCGCUGAAUCACUCCACACUCUGAGAAAUGCACAUGUCUCUGAUUACUUGGGGUCCCUUUUAAAAAAAAAAAGAAGAAAAAAGAAGAAAAAUGAUGACAAGUGCAAAUUCUUUUCUCUAUCACAACUGAUUUGCUGUAUUUAUUAUUACUGUUUUUUUUCUUGGGGGUUUAUAUUGAUCAAGCUUGAGCAUGAAAUAAAUCACUAAAUUUCAAAUCAAA